AUGAGACCCGUUAUAGCGGUUCCGGCUACUGCUGCGCUCGUAUAUAGAGCGUACUCGCGAAAGUCACUGACCCCAAUCGGACUUCUUGCAGCGUUCGCGACAGCAGUUGUACACGCGUUACAUCCGUGGAGUGUAUUCUUUGCUCUUCUUGCAGUUUUCUUCUUGGCUGGCAGUACCGUAACGAAGGUCAAGCAUGAUAUCAAAGCGAAAUUGACACAGUCAGCGACAGGUGCAUCUGGUGGAGAAGGCACUCGCAACCAUGUUCAAGUUAUUGCGAACUCCGGCGUAGCCUCGGUGCUAAUAUUGCUGCACCUCUGGCAGCUAAGGAAAGAAGGGAGAUAUGGUGACCAGGGUCUAUGUUGGCAUAGAGGCAGCGACACGCUGGUGAUAGGUAUCGUAGCUAACUACGCUGCAGUCGCCGCAGACACUUUCUCCUCUGAACUCGGUAUCCUAUCAAAAUCGAAGCCACGUCUUAUAACAGCUCCGUGGCGCAUCGUCCCGCCUGGUACAAAUGGAGGGGUGACAGCGACUGGACUUGGUGCUGGGCUGCUCGGAGCUUUCAUACUCUCAGCCACAUCUACACUCUUUGUGCCCUUCUGCAAAGACUGGAGCUUCUCGCAAAAGACUGCAUAUACACUUGCUUUGACAGCUGCCGGUUUUGGUGGAACACUUCUCGACUCGCUCCUCGGUGCUCUUGUCCAAGCUAGCGUCAUCGACGUGCAUUCAGGCAAGGUGGUAGAAGGUGAAGGAGGCAGACGAGUUCUUGUACGCAGCAGUAAUCCGCUCCACCUCUCGAAAGUGGGUCAGAUACAAAGCAAAGUCAGCAGUCGUUCUGAAGGCUUGAAUGGCACUACGAAGACGAGCGGCGUGAACACUGCAGCGUCGGUCAAGGCAUCGGGGACAAUGCUGAAGGCUGGAGCGAGCGGCAAUGCAGUCGUGGACCCGCAGCAUGAGAGUCGGAAAAUCGAGGUUGGGAGCGAUCUACUAGACAAUAAUGCUGUCAACAUCCUCAUGGCGGCUAUGGUCAGUGUAGGAGCUAUGAUGGCUGCUUGCAUAAUCUGGGACCUGCCCCUUGACAGCAUGGUCGGAAUUCGCCGUAUCGAUCAACUCAAAACCGCUCCGCGUACUGUCAGCGCCACGUUGAUCAAGAUGUCUCUCCGCUUCGUUCCUAACAAGGCGCACCCCACGCAAACCGCCCUCGAGACUUCGGCACCCUCUGCUCCGGGUGUCCACGACACGCUGCGAUCUCGCCUCGCCCAGACUUCCAUAGCACCUACCGCAUCGUCGUCGUCGGCAGCACCCGUCGCUCUUCAGUCUGCCCACCCACUCGAGGCUCGUCUUACCCAAUGGCGAGACACCCAAGACCGCCUGAAGAUGGAAAUGCUGAGGCGACAGUUUGGCAUCGCAGAGCCAGUGCGCAGGGGUAUGGAGCUCAAGAUCGCUGAGGCAGGCGAGUGGAGGCCGGCAACCCUGGGCGGAAGCAGUGGCGUUCACCGGGACAUUCUGCAGGGACGAGAUUGUGAAAUUGGCUGGGAGGAUGUCUUCACAGGCAGCGAGCUACGUGAGGUGCCAGACUUCCACACGGAGAUUGAGCACAAGAUGAAGAUGAACUGGUAG